AUGUGGACAACUGACACCACUCUAGCUCGAUUCUACGGUCUGUCAAAAAUCCAUAAAGCGAAUGUCCCACUUCGGCCAAUCGUUGCCCUAAAAGGCAGCCCCACCUACAAUUUGGCAGAGUGGAUGUACUCAAAACUGAAGUUCCUCCAAGGCCAUUCGACUAUUUCAGUUCGAUCAGUCUCUCAAUUCCUCAUAGACCUCCGAGGUCGGGGGAUUCAAUCGGAUGAAAUCAUGGCCUCCUUCGAUGUGAUGUCGUUAUUCACAUCCAUCCCACCAAACUUGGCCCGCGAAGUCUUGCGCAAGAGACUUGAAGAGGCGUACGAUGAGACUCAGAAUGCCCUCAAAAUUGAACACCUCAUGAGGCUUUUUGAAUUCUGUCAACAAACUUUCUUCACUUUUGCGGGAGAGACCUAUGAACAAAUCAAGGGAACCCCGAUGGGCACACCGGUCUCCGGUUUAGUGGCAGAACUGGUACUACAGGAUUUAGAAAAAAUUGCCUUUAUCCAAAAUGAACGGGUGUUUUUGCGCCGUUACGUAGACGACACGUUCGUCAUCAUAAAGAAGGACAUGCUGUAACAUUUCCCCAGCCUGCUCAACGCAGUCUUCCCGGAUAUAAAAUUCACGAGGGAAGAAGAACAGGAACAGCAGUUGCCCUUCCGGGAUGUGCUCGUCAAACGAGACCUUAACGGUGAACUUGAAACGACGGUUUAUAGGAAGGCAACAAACACCACGCAGCUUCUCAGUUUUCACAGCAACCAUCCGGUGGCUCACAAACGAAGCUGUGUGAAGACGCUCUUCAAACGGAUCCAAACUAAUUGCAGCAAACCGGAGAACAAAGCGCGUGAGGCCCGUUAUCUCCGCUAACAGUUUGUGCAAAAUGACUGUCCGAGGGCAUUCCUAAGUCGCUGCAUACGCGGUUGCCACCAGAGAACUCGAACAUAAACGCCACCGACGAUAUGGCAUUCUCUGCCAUACAUCAAGGGUGUUUCAGAAGCGACCGAGCGCAUGGCUUCGGAGAUAGGUGUUGGAAUUGCACACCGCCCCAAAGCCACCAUGAGCCAUAGCGUCGUGAAAAUCAAAGACCGGUUAAAGCCUGAAGAGCAAUCUGGAGUAAUGUAUCGCAUUCCGUGUCAAAAUUGUCCUUGUAACUACACAGGACAGACUGGGCGCAUGCUCGGAUCGCGCAUACACGAACAUAAGUUGACUGCGCAACGAGGCGGCGCAUUCUCACAAGUGGCCGCCCACACCUACGAAAUGGGUCACGAGUUUCACUUCGCAGUCAUCAAAAUAGUCGCCUAGGCCGGAAGCAAAACAGGCCGACAACUGAUUGAAGCCUGUGCCUCGGACGAGAACUCGGUCAAUCGAUUUAUCAAUCUGGCGCCGGCGUACAGAUCCCUGCGUAGUCACCUCCAGUCGUGCGACGUCGGUCGAUGAUUGUCCUAAAUGCCUUAUAACUGUCGCUUCUUCUAUUGCUGUUACUACCUCUGACGACGGACUCCUGUACAAGUCUGAAAGUUCAGGACAAUAAACAAAGUGUUCCGGUGCUCGAUGGGUUGUAUCUAUUUUUUUAUUACUUAUGUAAAAAAGUCAAGUAACUAUUUUAUUUAUGCACAUAACACAGGUCCAAGGGCAGUGUGUACUGAUGUCUAUGACAAAAAGUGAUUGACAUACAUCAAUAUUAGCAUACGUUUCCGCUAAUUAGGUCCCAUUAGUGCCUUACAUGUUCCCAGCAAAAGGGUUCAAUGACAGUACACGGCCUACUCGUGCGCGAACUGAUGAUGGUUAGAUUUAUCGGCAUUACUACCAACAAUACUAAUAUUACCUUGGUAUCGAUAAGUCACAAAUAAGAUCUGAAUCGGAAACUAUUUGUACCGUCAGUUUCGAUCGGCCGGAUGCCAAUCCAAUACGCGUUUGUCGAGCGAAACGGUUAUGAAUCGACUCCGACGUUUCGUAGCUCAAACUUUCAACCAAACGGCAGCCUACUUGUAUACGCUAUCAGCGACCUCCCAGGCAUCCCCAUCCAGGUUUUGCCGCCUACGGCCGUUAUUUCAAAGGUAAAAAUCUAUUGAAAUGUAGAAUUUUAAAAUGUACCUUUGAGAAUUUAACGCAUGAAAAUCCUCAAGGGCAAUAAAAUGUCGUCUGUUUCUUGUUUAGAGUCCGCAUAACCCGACCAAAUGGGACAGAAGACGAUGAAGCCGACCAAAAGCGCCCAAGCUAAGCGGGAUUUCUGCAAAAUGCGGAAUUUACUAUCGAGAAAUCCGCCUUCUGUUGUGGUUUAAUGGGACCGGGCAUAUUUCACAAGUACUAAUACAUUUCACUCAAUGACUACAUGUGCGCAAACCUGCUUAUUCGCAAUUAUGAUGCUUUCUCUCUAAGAACCCGAUACUUUCGGCAAAUGAAAGGUUUAUCUACCAUCAUUCUUUUAACAGUGUCCCACAUACAAAACGUGUACUGCGCUGCAUGCAUUAAAUAAACGGAUCAAUGCCCCGGAUGUACGUAACAUGCACAUCAAUAGAAUUAAGUGAUCGUUAGGCACAGAUAUUUUCAUCGUAUUUUUCUAAAGAUAAGUUCUCAAUUCUGAGAGAAAUUGGGGAAGCUCAGAUGAGAUUACAAAACAAAACACACACCAAGAACUGUCUUCACUUUCAAAAAACGCUCUGAACUCCUAAAACGUUUAACUGCCCUCGGGGAAGCAUCUUCUGCCGUGUUAGAAUGGACAUAUCCAUCAAAAAAAUCUUUCAUCGUCGAAAACUGAAGCCCGAGAACUGUUUCGUUUUUAUUAACUGUAUUUAUUUGGGUGAAAUUAAUAACCUAAAGCACCCAAUCGGAGUCCUACUUUUCCUGCUUCUCCGCGUGCGCCACUGUGAGGUUCGCUGCUUUCAAUUACUAAGUUAUCUUCAUCGCCAGUGCUUCAAUUAAAGCUAAAUUCGAAAGAUUCCAAACUUUUGGAAAAGUGUUUUUAAUACCAGGGCAUGGUGUGGAAGUGUCUGCAAACACGCCCCCAACCACCGACACAAACUACUUUGGCUAGCUGUGGUCAAAUUAUUCUUGCCAUACCUGACGGUCUUUGAUAAGAAAGCAUGUUUAGGUUCUUAUAUUCGUCGAUACGACCUUCGCAAAUGUUUGAUUUUGGUCGAACAGUUUGUGCUUCUCCAUCGCAGGAUUUUGCGCCCCUAUUCCCUGAUAGCAUUUUACCCGCCCAGGGCUAGCCCGGUCGCGGGCUAGUGUUGCGAUUGUCUGGAUUUCUUCAGCAAUCCUAGAGGACACUGUCCACACGGGGACAGUAGGUUGACGCGUGCGUGCGUGCACCCUGAAUGCGUGCGUACGCGCAAACGAACCCCCCAGGUAUGACGUGCAAAAUGCACUCGGGUGAGCACCAAGGAGGGGGUGUAGCAGAAAAGCCCCUUUCCUCGCACAGAUCGAGCGCUGUCGGCCAUUAGGGUUACUAGCCCGCAAGUCAAACUGGCUAGCAGAUGUCUAGCCCUGGGCGACUAAAUGCUAUCAGGGUUUCUGCUUUCGCUUAAUGGAGAAGCGUUAGUUACAUGUGUUACGGUGAGCUAGACUAAGGUCAAUACGACAAAGCCUUCACCUGUAUUGGCAGCUCGAGGUAGCUUAAGGGAACGACGUCGAGAAUAUUUUGCAUUUUUUCACAUCCAGAUUACCAUUUGACCAGCUGCUUAUCCUCUUUCUUCUCUCGUGGUUAUCCGGCCCUUAAAGUAUGUAUGCGUCUGUUAUCUUCUCUGUAUACACCAUAUAAUAAUCCUAAUUCGUCCUUUUAUUUGAAAUUUCUGGGUUUCUGACGCCCGAGAUUGUUCGCAGUCGGACCAUUUUUCUGUGUAAUGCCGUCUGAAAUGGCAGUCGGGCCUUUCGCUGCCGCUAGCACCCCCUCCAUUACUAAUUGCUCGUCGAUGUGUGACCGCCAAACAAGGCAGAAUAGCAGUACCAAUCUCCUUUAUGCUAUUGGAAUAUAUCGGUGGACGCUAUCCCCACGUAGCCUCGCCACUACUACAUGCUGUCUGUCACCCGCCAUCGAUAAGCCUUCAUCCGUCGCUAUCAGCCUAUGGAUUAGGACGCAACUAUUAGGCUAGGCGGAACUGCAGAUCUCGCCUGCGUCAAAUUCCCUGAUUCUCCAUCAACGUGUAACACUUAUUUAUUGAUAUUGAGUUUUUGCUCGUGCACUCCGCAGACCCAAAUGUAAACUCAUCUUCGACGUCACCUUUCCAACAUUUUACGCGAAUUGACAGCGCCCGCGUAAUACUCAAUUGAAAUUCUGAACAGACUUACGAACUCAGACCCAGGUCUUCAGUGUUCCUACAUGAAACGCCAACUGGGUAACGACCACAGGGCGUUUAACCAUCUGCCGCAGGGCGUGAGCCACGCCGGCUAAUUAUGUCGUGAUCUACAGAGCCGACUAAACUAAUAAUGAUGCCAUCCGGUACAUGUAUAAAUAGGUACAACUAAGCCUUUAGGUCUUAACACCACUAGCUGCGCAUGCCAAUAGUAUCCAUUUUCUCUCGUCUUUUCGUGGACUCUGUACUCAAGCGUGUUCUGCAAAUACGUUCCAAAGUUCACUUAUGACUUAGGCGGACCUACCAUUUUAUGGGCCGACUGGCAAUGUGCUAUGACGCUUACGUAUCAAGCGCCAUGGAAAGUUUCGCGUCUUUCAGAUGUAGUUCGCUCCGUAGAUGUACAGAGCCCUCUUAGGAAGCAAGAAUGUUCCGAUACCUUGCCCAGGAACACGCAAUGAACCGCUGGACUGUCACUUCGUACCGUUGCCCGUCCGUGAAGAAGUGAUUCAUAUAAUAAGUCUAACAUUCUUUCUUCCUAUCGCUGUUUAUCGCCGCCACGUUUGACGCCAUCUCCACCAAAGAGUGAUGAUUACAGUUUGCGCCUGUUUGAUGUCGUAAGUCAACCCACCCACUUGACUACCUCAUUACGUGUUUUCUGUUCUGUGUUGACUGGAGUGAACAAGACUCAACCUUCCAUGCCCUUCUCCUAGCUUGAAGCUCUUUUACACCCCCCCCCCCUAUUAAUGCCCAUAGAGUUUACGGCGCACUUUGUCUUGAGUUUUACCGUUUCACUUGCAUCUGAAAUUGCUGCAGUUUGUCUGUGGCAUGCUUGCUUUGAUUCAUGUCUGCCAGGGUCUCCAGGGCAUCCGAUGAAUGCGUUAUGUGAUAUCGGCUGCGUGCAGCCCAAAUGUUGACUCUAAUUGUCAUACUGGACUCGGGCUUUUUAUGCAUUGGCAUGCCUAUCCACUCAUUUGCAUUCUUAGCUUCUCGUGUUUCUUUCCAAAUUAGGGCAGUUGGCUGCUUUGUCUAG